UGACAAAUAUGUAAAACAGAUGAAAAAAAAUCAUGAAUGCGUAUCAUAUUGUAGCCUUAGUUUGAAAAAUACAAUGGAUGUCUUGAGUAAGCACACUAAGUAUCAUUUUCACAUUUUUAUGGACAAGUGUAGGGUGCACUAUUCUCUGUUUGUCGUAGAUGCCAUAAGCCAGCGUGACUACGAACCGCUAUUAAUGAGCCCCCAUAUUCACUCUUUUUGUGCUCUAUCAAAGAUGUUGGUUCAAGAUCAUUAAAAAAAAAAAUAAGAAUUCUUUUUGGAAAAAACCAGACAUGCAUACAUCUUGUAUUGCUGAGCAUUAGAAGCAAGUUUAUGUUGCUAAUUGCUAAGGACGAAUGUGAUAUACAGAGGCUUUCUGGGAUCGAGAAAGUCCUCUGUAUUUUUAAGUUGCGAUUUAUCAAAGGAGCGUAAGGUUAAAACACACUUCAUUAAAUUAGACACAAUACUUAUGCAACGUCUGUGAUUCACCUUUUUUUUUUUUUCAAGAAAAAGGAAUUUCCUUUUUGGGAUUUGAUUAUUACAGGUGAAGAAAAAGUCUGAAC